AUGGAUCCACGCCUUCCAUACCACCAGAGACCAAAGCCGGCCCUCGUCGACGAGGUGAAUAUCGACGAAUCGGUCCGGAAAGAUAUGAAAGGGAUCGACCCGGCAAUCACAUCCCACGAGCUAAACGUGGACUCUACCUACAAACCCAUGAGACAGAAAAGACGCAAGCUCGGCGCCGAUAAAGCUCAAGCAGUCAAUGAAGAAGUGGAAAAGCUACUUAGAGCCGGAUCGAUCACUGAAGUAAAAUACCCCGAAUGGCUAGCAAAUCCAGUCGUCGUCAAAAAGAAGAACGGAAAGUGGAGAGUCUGCGUCGAUUUCACAGACCUGAAUAAAGCAUGCCCAAAGGAUAGCUUCCCUUUGCCGCAUAUCGAUCGCCUCGUCGAGGCCACGGCAGGGAAUGAAUUACUAUCCUUCAUGGACGCCUUUUCAGGAUAUAAUCAGAUCUUCAUGCAUCCCGAUGAUCGCGAGAAGACGGCAUUCAUUACCGAUUGCUAUAAAGUGAUGCCUUGGCCUGAAGAACGCCGGCGCCACUUAUCAACGAUUAGUGAACAAAAUGUUCGCGGACCAGCUCGGAGAAUUCCUCGGAUAUGUUGUGACCCAACGCGGGAUAGAGGCAAACCCGAAGCAGAUCUCGGCGAUCCUCGACCUCCCAUCGCCGACAUCCUCCAAAGAAAUCCAAAGACUCACCGGACGUAUCGCCGCAUUGAACAGAUUCAUCUCGCGCUCAACCGACAAAUGUCUCCCCUUCUACCAAUUGCUUCGAUCAAACAAGAAGUUCGAGUGGGACAAAAGUGCGAAGACGCUUUCAAACAAUUGAAAGAGUAUCUCACUACCCCACCAAUUCUCGCAAAACCCGAAGAAGGCGAGACCCUACUCUUAUAUAUCGCAAUAUCAAGCACGGCGGUAAGCGGAGUCCUCGUCCGAGAAGAUCGAGGAGAGCAGCAGCCAGUCUUCUAUGUCAGCAAAACCCUCAAUGAUGCCGAGACGCGAUACCCAACCCUAGAAAAACUGGCGCUCGCAGUAGUCAUAUCGGCACGAAAACUCAGGCCAUACUUUCAAUCACACUCCAUCGUCGUCUUUACCAGCCAACCACUACGCCAAAUCCUUCACGGCCCCAACCAAUCCGGAAGAAUGGCAAGAUGGGCAAUCGAACUAUCGGAAUACGAUAUUGAGUUCAAAAGCCGGACGAGCGCCAAGUCACAAGUUCUAGCCGACUUCAUCGUAGAAAUCCCACCAGAGCUCGCAACUCAAGAGGACGAGCAAAUCCUCAAAUGGACACUGCAUGUCGACGGAUCGUCCUCCAGGCAAGGAGCAGGCGUCGGCAUCCGCCUCGUCUCCCCGACAGGCGAGAUUCUCGAGCAAUCGAUCAAACUCGGUUUCCCAGCGUCCAACAACGAAGCCGAAUACGAAGCGAUUAUUGCCGGACUUCGUCUCGCCGAAGCAGUCGGAGCAGAACACGUUCGUGCGUUCUGUGACUCUCAGCUCGUCGCUAAGCAAUUCAGCGAUCCCCGUUCCGAGAAUUCCGAAGCCGACGCACUCGCAGCCUUGGCGUCAAAAACCGAAUCAGCACUGCGACGGGUCAUCCCGGUCGAAACCAUCGACGAACCAAGCAUCAAACUCCCCAAGGGAACCGUCGUCAUGGCAAUCUCACAAGAAGAAGAAGAAGACGAAAACCUCACUGAUGACGAGUCAGCAGAACACAAAUCAUGGCAGGAUGAAAUCAGAAAUUACCUCAUCAACGACGCCGUGCCAGAGGAGCGAUGGGCGGCCCGCCGCCUCCGACGAAAAGCAGCUUACUACUUCUUACGCAACAACGAGCUUUUUCGCUGGAGCGCAAACAAAGUCAUCCUGCGAUGCUGCGACGAAGCACAAGCUAAGAGCAUCAUGGUCGAGACCCACGAGGGAGCAUCAGGAAACCACGCCGGCGGAAGAUCACUCGCUUUAAAAAUUAAGAAGAUCGGAUACUUCUGGCCAACGAUGAUCGGCGAUUGCAUAAACGUCGCCGCCAAAUGCGUCCCCUGCCAAAGAUACGCACCGGCGAUCAACGCCCCAACGCAAGCACUUCAAGCUGCGAUCCCGGCAUAUCCCUUUAUGCGCUGGGGAAUGGAUAUCGUCGGCCCCAUGCCACGCUCACGGCAAUGCGCUUACCUCUUGGUCGUCACCGACUACUUUACUAAGUGGGUAGAAGCAAAAGCAUACAAAAACCCAACGGCUCAUGACGUAAGAAACUUUGUGUGGCAGUAUAUCAUAUGCCGUCACGGUCUUCCUUAUGAGAUCGUCACGGACAACGGAGGACAAUUCGUCGCAGCACUUUCCGAGAAUUUUGCGCGUCAUGGAACAUCAAGAUCACUUACUCCACGCCAAGAUAUCCUCAAGCUAAUGGACAAGCCGAGUCCACAAACAAAACUAUUGUUGAUGGAUUGA